UGGGGCUUCAUGUGGGUGCGGGAGCAACUUUAGGAAACAAAGUGUCCAUCGCUUCGAAAAGUGCCACACACUUGUCCUUGUUCUCACUCGGUUUGAUAUUCUCUGGAGAGAGAUCCAAAAAAGAGAUCAGCAAACGUUCAGAAAACUCAGUCGUGAGAGACAGCUGUUGUUCAGGGGUUUGUGUAUCUGUACACACACACGUGUCUCAAUCCUGGAUCACAUCUAAUCAUCUCAAUACGACUGUGACUUCAAUCUGAUCAGAAAAAGAAGAAGUUACCUGAGAGUUUACCAGCCUCACCUGGCUUCACUCCCAGAUCUGCUUACCUGUCAGGAAGGUCCUUGUUCAGCUCUCAGUAUGUCCGAGGGGGACUAUGAUUACCUCAUCAAGUUCCUCGCGCUGGGGGACUCUGGGGUGGGAAAGACCAGCUUCCUGUACCAGUACACGGAUGGCAAAUUCAACUCCAAAUUCAUCACCACAGUUGGAAUAGACUUCAGAGAAAAACGAGUGGUGUACAAAUCCAACGGUCCUGAUGGGACAGUCGGGAGAGGACAGAGGAUUCACAUUCAGCUGUGGGACACGGCCGGACAGGAGAGAUUUCGGAGUUUGACCACAGCGUUCUUCAGGGAUGCCAUGGGCUUCCUGUUACUCUUUGACCUCACGAAUGAGCAGAGCUUCCUUGAUGUGCGGAACUGGAUGAGUCAGCUGCAGACGCACGCGUACUGUGAGAAUCCCGACAUCGUCUUGUGCGGAAACAAGUCAGACCUUGAGGACCAGCGUGCGGUGGAAGCGGUGAAUGCACGGGAACUGGCGGAGAAAUACGGAGUCCCGUACUUCGAGACGAGCGCUGCGAACGGUGAGAACGUGAGUCGUGCCGUGGAGGUCCUGCUGGAUCUGAUCAUGAAGCGCAUGGAGAGAUGUGUGGACAAAUCCUGGAUCCCUGACGGGAUGGUUCGCACCAACGGCCACAGCACCAGCGACCUGGCAGAGCCACGUGACGCCGAGCAGAGCAAGUGCGGCUGCUAAUGCCAAUGGAUGGGCUGAAGCCACCUAGAUUCAAGUCUUCAUGUUUUGAGAGCACUUUACACCCAAUCCUGCAUUCAGAAGCCUUAAUGCGUCAGAUGUUUCUAGGGCUUGAUUUCUCUCACUGUUUCACUAUUAGUGCACAUCUAUUAUUAAAACUAGACCCAUGCAUGCAUCACUGCAGUUCUCUGAUUGUUAGAGUUUUGUGUUGAUUUCUAAAUAAAAAACACAUUAUAUCACAGAAAAUCUGAUAAAAAAGAAAGAAAAAAAAGUUAGAUAUUUUUUAAAUAUUUGUUUCAAAUGUUUAUAUUUUAAACACACACACACAUAUAUACACGCAAAAUAUUAAGAUCCUGUCACUUUCUCAAAAACUAAAACAAAAAAACCAUCUAUAGUGGAAAUGGCAUGAAGGUUAAAAUCUGCUCCUGUGAUAAUUUGUGCUGGUUGUCCCUCUCUAGUGGACUGAUGGUGAAUAGCACUUCUAUGCCACUUUUUAACAAGUUUGUAGAAUUUAACACUUUUUAGUUACUAGUUAACACUUUAAGUGUUACUGUGUUAUCUGUAGUCGUGUAGAUGUCCGAGACAAAUAAAAUAAGAAUUUAGCUGUUAUUGUAUUCAUUUGUAGGUUAGUGGUUGAUUUGUAUUGUACGUUUGUUUAGACAUUCACCAGGUGUUGGUUGUGGUUUUUCUGCGUAGAUCUAUUGGCAUUUAAACACAGGAUUUAAUUUGGAAUGUAGUUUAGAUUAAAUAUCCACAUCUAUACUACUAAUAUAAACUAUGGUCAUAUUUAAAAAAAAAAAAAAAUAAUUGGUUGUACAGUGCCAGUAGAUUUUGUUCAUCUCGUCUCUUUAUAGUCUAACAAAAAGCAAAGCAGAUGAGUUUUGAGUGAAUGUUUUUAAUCUUCUGUGGACAUUUUGGGUUUGUUUUCAGAAUCAUUUCCAAAGUGCUUUAUUCUACUGUAUUGCCUGUAACACUGAAUCAGUGCCAAACACUGUCUUUGUGCCAAAUACUGAAACUCUAUUUGAAAAAAUAAAUCUAUUUUAUUAUUUAUUA